AUGCUUGUAGUUCGUGUUGCAUUGCCUACAUUCAUUUGUAUAGAACAAUUUAUUAUAACAAAAUUAAAUUUUAAAGGAUCUGUUAAACGUAUUACUUAUGAUCAAUUUAUUUCGAAACUACGUGAUUAUACUAAAACGAAAAAAGGCAAAUUUUAUGUUUCAUGGCAUG